AUGGCCGACUAUGAAGACACGAUUGAGGUCGACUGGGGGGUGGCAACUCCCGAUCUGACGGACGAUACCUCGUCGGAGGCCAGUACGUCCCUACGAUCCACGGUGCUCGAAUACGAAUUCCGCCACGGUCGGCGCUAUCAUAGCACCCACGCGGGAAACUACCUUUUCCCCAACGACGAAGUCGAACAGGAGCGACUGGACAUGGUGCACCAUAUUUACUACCGACUGUUGCACAAUCGAUUAUUCUUAGCCCCGAUCGACCUUACAGGAAAACGGAUCCUCGAUAUUGGCACCGGGACCGGCGUGUGGGCCAUGCACUUGGGCGAUGAAUACCCGGCAGCCGAAGCCAUCGUCGGCAACGAUAUCAGCCCCAUCCAGCCCCAGUGGGUGCCGCCGAACGUGAAAUUCUACAUUGACGACGUCGAGAAGGACUGGGUGGAGGGUCACCCAUAUGAUCUCAUCCACUGUCGCUACAUGGCCGGUUCCAUUAAGGACUGGCCGCGGUUGAUUAAGCAAUGCUUUGGGAAUCUGAAACCGGGAGGGUAUCUGGAGCUGCAGGAAUCAAUCAAUACACUAUAUUCGGAGGAUGACAGCUUGCCGCCCGAGUGCAACACGGUGAAGAUGAUGGAUGCGCUCAAGGAGGGGUGUCUGCAGAUUGGACAAACCAUGGACCCGGCUCCCAAUAUGCAUGCUUGGGUGGAAGACGCUGGCUUUACUAUCGUCGACGAACGGAAGUUUAAGCUCCCGCUUGGGAACUGGCCAAGGGAUAAGCGGUUAAAGGAAUGUGGCAGCUUCAACCGCGUGAACUUUGUCGAGGGCGUGGACGCCUUUACAGCCUCCAUCCUCCCGGAUAUUCUAGGCUGGCGGAAGGAGGAAGUGACGGUACUUAACGCUGCAGUUCGGAGGGAGGUCAUGGCAAACAGCAUGCAUGCGCUCUUCGACUUCCUGGUCAUUGUUGCCCAGAAGCCCAUGUAG